CACAGCAGACCAGGACGACGUUUUGCAGGACGCUGGCAUAGUGAGCCAAAGUGACUGUCUUAUCGCUGGAACGGCGAAGGACGCGAUGUCACAUUAUAUUUUAAGGCUGAUCUUGGGAGGAGACAAAAUGACGUCUUCCUUUUUCAUCCAAGCUGAGAAAACUCUUUUUUUCUCAAGACUAGACAGAAUGGUGGAAAGAGAAUGGAGAAAUUUGUUCAAGACAUUGGAGAAAUCCUUCAUGCACCUCAGUGCUGCCCAGGAAUGCACAACCGCAAGUCAGCAUCAUGAAAUGGAGAACUUACAAUAUAUCUGCCUGGCGCUGAAAAGCCAGUUUCUGAGGUGGACAAAUGUUGCGUCAGAGAUAUGCCAAUGUGAGACCCAAGAAAAGAUUUCCCUGCCUUUCCACUGUGUUUUUGGGCUGGUCGCUUCUAGACAAGUGGAACUGGACAAGGGUAUGGCUUUGGUCCCCGUCCACUGCCUGAAACAAGUGUUUGCUGAGCAGUUUGAGGUUCUCUUAAGAAUGACGGUGAAACAGGCCUCAAAAAGCAGGGAACGAGCCAUGCAAGACGAAAGGCUGUUGCAUCUUGCAAACAUCCUGACAAGAGAAUACCGAGCUCAGACGUGCCACAGCAAAAGGAGAUGGGCUGCCGAUGUUGGGCGUCUGCAGCUCCCAGAUUUGUGGCGAUGUUCCGCCAGGUUCCCACCGUGUAUGGUGAGCCUCGUGGACACGCUCAGACGGCAGCACAGACUGCGCCACCACGACCGGGUCCAGCUAACUCUUUUUCUAAAGGAACUGGGUUUGUCUGUUCACAAUGCACUGUUGCUAUGGAAACGAGAGUUCUCGACCCCUACAGGAAGUGACGGUGCCCCACGUUGCCACCACAGUUGGCACGGCAACGAACGACGGUACAUUUACAACAUCCGGCACCUGUAUGGUCUAGAGGGUCGCAGGGUGGACUACUGUGGCCACAGUUGCCCUACUAUACAGGCAAGAUCCGGUGGCUGCGUGGGCUCCGGGGGUUGCCCGUUUGUCACGCUCCGAGAACAACCUGCGGAGAACUGGCAUUUCCUUCGCGACCUGCCCACAGAAGCAGCGACCGAGAUCAGAGUCUUGUCACGUCUGGGCCACUAUGGGAAAGCAUGCAAAUAUUUUUCACACCACCUAGUAAAGCAGUCUUUUUCACCGAUGUUCAAGGACUUUGAUCAUGAAUCACACUCACAGUGUUGUGUCGGCUGUGGAGCGGAGAUUCUUCAUCUUGAGAUGAGCAACACGGAAAAAGUUGAAAUUGUAACCAAGAAAUGUUUUGCAUCCUCCGACCCCAGUCACUCCUUGGGUACUCACCACAGGCGAAGUGACAGCAUGCGGGACACAGAACAUGAGAGUGCGUCGGGCGCACCUCAGCGAGCGGAAGAGAGACUCUCCGCUUCCAGGCACUCCCGCAAACCGUGUAGUUACAUCACACGAGGGAAGGUUGACGCCACAGUAGGAGUGGACUCUGUUGUCCCUACGGCUAGUCUUGUCAAGAGUCCUGUAGGCAGCAAACCUCAUAGAUGUGGACUGAAUAACGGACCGCCAAAUGUUCGCCCUUUUGAAGACCUUUCCACUAACUCUGUUUGCCGGUCUCAUGUUAUGAUCCAGUCUCAUAUCACGACCCAGUCUCAUGGCAAAACCCAGUCUCAUGACACGACCCAGUCUCAUCUCACGACCCCGUCUCAUGACACGACCCAGUCUCAUCUCACGACCCAGUCUCAUGACACGACCCAGUCUCAUCUCACGACCCCGUCUCAUGACACGAUCCAGUCUCAUCUCACGACCCCGUCUCAUGACACGACCCAGUCUCAUGACAAGACAAGUGACACUACUGAAAACAACAAUGGCCACGGCUCAAGGGAAAAUAGUGCUACAAACAGCUCCGCCACUCAGGAAAGAACUUCACAAUGUUGUAGAAAUGUUACCAACAGUGAUUUAGGCAAUGCUGCUCACAGAACUUUUAUUGACUGUGAUUUUAGAAGGAGGAAGGCUUCUGGCACACCUACACGCCAAGGUGAACUAGCUGUGUUGAACACAUCAUGUAGCAAAAAGGGUGAAUCGAAUGUGUUGAACACAUGUCACAAUAAGACAUGCUGUUGUGUUUCUUCUUGUUCAAGUUGUUUUCCGCAGGAUGCAAGUUCGUAUUUUCAGAAGCGGAAAUUGGUUUGCUCUACAAAUGCCAAUGGUGCUGGCAAAUUUAGCUGCAAAUGUAGUGCUGAGAAGUGUAGCCUACUCAAGAGGAAAUUGUUCACUGCUGACGUAAGUAAAGCUGACUAUUUAUGUGGAAACAGUGGCCGUGUUGAAGCUGAGCUAGACAGCCCUGUGAGAGAUUGUGAUUCUUUUAUCGAGGGAAGUGAGCAACGCAGACCUAUCAGUGAGCAACACAAACCUAUCAGUGAACAACACAGACCUAUCAGUGAGCAACACAGACCUAUCAGUGAGCAACACAGACCUAUCAGUGAGCAACACAGACCUAUCAGUGUCUGCAGAAACUCAUCGUGUCCUGAUGUCUCAGCAGAGUGCCAGAGCUGGAGAGGGAAGAAAAGGAAACUGUUUUGCUCGGACUGUGAAUGUUCGUCUGUGGGAAUGAGCUCUCCUUUAAGUGGUGACCUGAGGCGCUCUCACAAUGUGCUAAAGCAAAUUGAUCACCCAAAAGAAUUUUAUUACUCGCUUACAAAACAUAUGCACAAAAUUUGAGGCUGUAUAUAUUAAUUGUCGCUUUUUAAGGACAAGCGGGCUGACCCAAAUGCCGGGGGUUUCCUG